GCCAGGACUCCAAAGGAACCUUGGUCUUCCCAGAAGACCCACCCCUGUGAGAUGUGUGGUUCAGUCUUAAGAGAGGUUUUUAACUUGGUUGGGCACCAGGGAAAACAAAACAGCCAGAAGCUGUUCAAGUAUGGGGCAUGUGUGAAACAGAUUUAUUCUAGUGCAAACCUUCAACAGCAUGAGAAGCGGCACAUGGGAGAAAAACCCUUCAGAAGCAGUGUGGACAGGGCUUCAUUUGUGAAGAGCAGCAAUUUCCAUGAUUCAGGAAAGCCCUUAACCUGUGAGGUUGAGAAGGAUUUCCUGGCCACCUCAGAACAUCAACAACAGGCCACUCAUACUGGGGAGAAUAAAAUCACUGAGUCUGGGAUGACUUUUCAAAGCAUAAAAAGUCAUCGCACCUGGGAAGAAUGCAAGAAAGCCGUUGGUCCCAAACACACACUUGUUCAAGACCAGGGUGUCCACACUGGAAGACAGUGUUUUGUGUGCCCUGAAUGUGGAAAAACAUUCAGGUACAAGUCCUCACUUAUGAUUCAUCAGAGAGUCCACAAUGGUGACAGGCUUCAUGUGUGUAGUGACUGUGGAAAAUCCUUUAGGGGAAGCUCAACCCUCAGUCAGCAUCGAAGAAUUCAUACUGGGCCAAGGCAUUACGAGUGCACUGAAUGUGGGAAAUCUUUUAGACGAAAAUCUGAUCUCAUUGAACACUGGAGAGUACACACAGGAGAAAGGCCUUAUGAAUGUAGUGAAUGUGGGAAAUCUUUUACUUCUAGCUCUGCACUCCGUUAUCAUCAGAGAAUUCACACUGGAGAAAAACCUUAUAAAUGUAGUGAAUGUGGGAAGUCUUUUACCUCUAGCUCUGGCCUCCGUUAUCAUCAGAGAAUUCACACAGGAGAAAGACCAUAUGAGUGUAAUGAUUGUGGGAAAUCUUUUACCCAAAUAAAUCACCUUAUUAUACACCGAAGAGUUCACACAGGAGAAAGGCCUUAUGAAUGCAGUGAAUGUGGGAAAUCUUUUAGCCACAAAUCUUACCUCUCUCAACACCAGAGAGUUCACACAGGAGAAAGGCCUUAUGAAUGUAGUGAAUGUGGAAAAUCUUUUACCUCUGGCUCUGCCCUCUGUUAUCAUCAGAGAGUUCACACUGGAGAAAAACCUUAUGAGUGUAGCGAAUGUGGGAAAUCUUUUACCAAUGGACCGAUACUUAUUCGACACCGUAGAGUUCACACAGGAGAAAGGCCUUAUGAGUGCAGUGAGUGUGGGAAAUCAUUUACCCAAAGAAAUCACCUCAAUAUACACCAGAGAGUUCACACAGGAGAAAGGCCUUAUGAGUGCAAUGAAUGUGGAAAAUCAUUUACGUCUGGCUCUGCUCUCCGUUAUCAUCAGAAAGUUCACGUUGGAGAAAGACCUUACGAGUGCAGAGAAUGUGAGAAGUCUUUUACCUCUACCUCCGCCCUCCGUUGUCAUCAGAGAGUUCACACAGGAGAAAGGCCUUUUGACUGCAGUGAAUGUGGGAAAUCUUUUAGGGAUAGUUCCCAGUUGAAUCAACACCAGAGAGUUCACACUGGAGAAAAGCCUUAUGAAUGUAGUGAUUGUGGGAGAUCCUUUAGUCAGAAUUCAUACCUCUCUAAACACCGGAGAGUUCACACUGGAGAAAGGCCUUAUGAGUGCAGUGAAUGUGGGAAAUCUUUUACUUCUGUCUCUGCCCUUGGUUAUCAUCAGAGAGUUCACACUGGAGAAAGGCCUUAUGAGUGUAGUGAGUGUGGGAAAUCUUUUACCAAUAGCUCCAUACUGAUUCGACAUCGCAGAGUUCACACAGGUGAAAGGCCACAUGAGUGCAGCGAAUGUGGGAAAUCCUUUACCCAAAGAAUUCACCUCAUUAUUCACCGGAGAGUUCACACAGGAGAAAGGCCUUUUGAGUGCAGUGAGUGUGGGAAAUCUUUUACCUCUCGUUCUACCCUACAUUAUCAUCAGAGAGUUCACACAGGAGAGAGGCCUUACGACUGCAGUGAAUGUGGGAAAUCUUUUAGCCGAAAAUCUAAUCUUUCUCAGCAUCGGAGAGUUCACACUGGAGAAAGGCCUUACAAGUGUAGUGACUGUGCAAAAUCUUUUACCUCUAUCUCUGCCCUCAGUUAUCAUCAGAGAUCUCAUACAGGAGAAAGGCCUUAUGAAUGCACUGAAUGUGGGAAAUCUUUUAUCUCUAGGUCUGACCUCCGUUAUCAUCAGAGAGUUCAUUCUGGAGAAAGGCCUUAUGAGUGCAGUGAAUGUGGGAAAUCUUUCAUCACUCGUACUGCUCUCCGUUAUCAUCACAGAGUUCACACUGGAGAAAGGCCUUACGAGUGCAGUGAAUGUGGCAAAUCCUUUACUCGAAGAAAUAACCUCAUUAUACACCUAAGAGUUCACUCAGGUGAAAGACCUUAUGAGUGUAGUGAAUGUGGGAAAUCUUUUACCUUUAGCUCCAGCCUGCGUUACCACCACAGAGUUCACACUGGAGAAAGGCCUUAUGAGUGUAGUGAAUGUGGGAAAUCUUUUAACAAUAGGUGGACACUCAUUCGACACCGGAGAAUUCACACAGGAGAAAAGCCUUAUGUGUGCAGUAAAUGUGGGAAAUCUUUUACCUGUAGCUCCACUCUCCAGUAUCAUCAUCGAGGUCACCUUGGAGAAAGACCUUAUGAGUGUAGUGAAUGUGGGAGAUCUUUUACCACUAGUUCUGCUCUCCGUUAUCACCAGAGAGUUCAUACUGGAGAAAGGCCUUAUGAGUGCAGUGAAUGUGGGAAAUCUUUUAUUUCUAGGUCUGACCUCCAUUAUCAUCAUAGAGUUCAUUCUGGAGAAAGGCCUUAUGAGUGUAGUGAAUGUGGGAAAUCCUUUAUCCGAAGAAAUAACCUCAUUUUACAUCAGAGAGUUCACACAGGAGAAAGGCCUUACAAGUGUAGUGAAUGUGGGAAAUCUUUUAACAAUAGGUGGACGCUCAUUCAACACCAGAGAGUUCACACAGGAGAAAAACCAUAUGUGUGCAGUGAAUGUGGGAAAUCUUUUACCUGUAGCUCCACACUCUGUUACCACCAAAGAGUUCAUGAAGGUAAAAGGCCUUAUGAAUGCAAUGAAUGUGGGAAAUCUUUUACCUCCAGUUCCACUCUCCGUUACCAUCAGAGAGUUCACACAGGAGAAAGGCCUUACAAGUGCAGUGAAUGUGGGAAAUCUUUUACUUUUAGUGCCAGCCUUCGUUAUCAUCACAGAGUUCACAGUGGAGAAAGGCCUUAUGAGUGCACUGAAUGUGGGAAAUCCUUUAAGGAUAGAUCACAAUUCAAUAAACACCGGAGAACUCACACGGGAGAAAGGCCUUACGAAUGCAGUGAAUGUGGGAAGACAUUUAGCCAAAAAUCUUCCCUGUCAAUACACCAGAGAAUUCAUAAUAGCGAACGAGUUCAUAGGGGAGAAAAACCUUAUCAGUGCAGUGAAUGUGGGAAAUCUUUCACCAAUAGCUCAAUACUGAUUCGACACCAGAGAGUUCACACAGGAGAAAGACCUUAUGUGUGCAGCGAAUGUGGAAAAUCUUUUACCAGCAGCGCUACCCUCUCUUAUCAUCAGAGAGUUCAUGCAGGUAAAAGGCCUUAUGAAUGCAGUGAAUGUGGGAAAUCAUUUACCUCCAGUUCCACCCUUCGUUAUCAUCAGAGAGUUCAUGCAGGAGAUAGGCCUUUCGGGUGUAGUGAAUGUGGAAAAUCUUUUAUCUCUAGCUCCAAACUACGUUAUCACCAGAGAGUUCACACUGGAGAAAGGCCUUAUGAGUGCAGUGAAUGUGGAAAAUCCUUCAGGGAUAGUUCCCAAUUCAGUCAACACCGGAGAGGUCAUACUGGAGAAAGGCCUUACGAGUGUAGUGAAUGUGGGAAGUUUUUUACACGAAAAUCUACCCUCUCUCAACAUCAAAGAGUUCACACUAGAGAAAGGCCUUAGGUGUGCAGGGAAUGUGUAAUUUCCUAUUCACUGUUAACAACACUGGAGGGAACUCUGAGGAGCCAUCUGAACUGAAUCUCAAGACAUUUAAACAUGUACAGUGGGAUAUCCCUUGGAAGUUUCAGUACUGUAAUAAGCUUGUGUAAAUAUGUUGCACUUUCUAAGCUGUCCAGGGCGCUUUCUAGAUUUGGCUCACUGCUAGAUUUUGUGACCAAAGCCUUUUCACAACUCUCCUGCCUGGCAGGUCCACAAAGUACGCAUCCGUCACCUCCACAAUGUAUUCAGUGAAGCUGACCUUUGUUCUCUCAUGAAUUAGAAUAAAUUAGUUGUAACCUGAGCCCUUAGGGUUAGUUUCCCCAUCUCCUUAAGUACCUUGGGCAUGGACCUGAAUCAUUGAUGACCCAGGAAAUAUGGGUUUGGCUGGUAGCUUACAGAGAAUGACUACCUUUUUCAGGGACAUGUUAGUCUCAUGUGACACUUGUGAUGAGUUUUUUCAGCUUCCAAGUCAGAAACGGUAAAUGUCUGCCGCACAUUGCUUUGGCUUAUGUGAUUAUCAAGGCCUUACUCUUUAAGUCCUCUUUAAGCUUAGAUUUCUACUUACUCUAUGGGGUAGUUUAUAUACGGAUUUGGGCUCAACAAGCAUCACUGGGUGAACUUUUUAGGAGUCUCAAAUUGUCUGUGCUUAAGGAGGAUGGCAGAAAAUAGCUUGCCAGUUUUGACCAAAUUUGCAUUGCUGCCCCACAACCUCUGAAAAACUGCAGGGCUUUCUGGUUUUCAUUUGAGAUCUGGAUGCUUUGUGUUUUACGAGUUUCAGUGAUGACCCCAAGGAGGGGGCAGUUGGGAGAUCCUCAGAUGCUUCUGAAAGGAGCAGGAAUUUCUUCCCCUUACUCAAAGGAGACAUCACAGGGGAUGUCAGCACUGUUGAGGGGUUAUCUUCUUCAGCUUUACAAACAGCUAUGUGCCCUGAUGUCCACAAUCUAUUGGGCUAGGGUCACUGGUUUUAAGACCAUAGUGUGCAGGGGAAGCCAUAAUUGGUACAGAAACACUGGCUUAAUAGGAUGUGGAGGAGACUGCAUCCAAGUAGAUAGAAUGUGCCUCUUCUAAAAAUGGAUCCAGACAAGUUUCUGUGACAGUGACUGUAGAAUCAGUGUGUAUACAAAUCUCAGGACCUCUAGGCAUAUUUAUCUUGUGUAGGUAGUCAUUGUUGGAGAAAAAAAUAAAAACUAAAAUAAUCAAAAGGUUCUGUGGUUUCCUCUCAGUGAUGUUUGCCUCAAAGCCACUACCACAGAUGCGGGGAAAAAAGGUAAAGGGGGUUCUGUAUUUCUGCGAUAUGGCCCUUGUAACCCAGGAAGCAUUCCUGGUGACUUGUUUGGAAAUAUUCAUUGUUCUCCACAUUUGCUGCC